AUGGGCCCUUGUUUGUGUCGCACAUUUUCCUCCGGGGGAGGGACUACACUUGAAACAUUAGGGGUGGAAGAGCGUAUAGGCUUUCGAUUGGUCCUGUUUCAUUUGUACUGUUUACCUGACCAAGUGGCUGCUUUAUCGCAAGCUAAAAAAGAACAUGCGAUCGAAGUGGCGAAAUUAAAAAGCAUUCUAAAAGAGUUGGAGGAGAAACAUUUUGUAGAAAAAGUUCAAAAGGAUAAUUUGAUUAUUGAAGCAAAUGGUCUGUUUUCAAGUUUGUGUGCUCUAGAAGCUGAUGGAAGUAGGAUAAAAAAACACAAUGAAGAACUUGAAAAAGAAAUAUCAGAAGCUAUAUGGAGAAAUGAAGAUCUGAAAAGAAGAAUUAUUUUAAAAGAAGAUGAAGUUAAGAAAGAAAAAAAGAAACAUUCAGAAUAUUUGAAAAAAAUAGAAAGCUAUAAAUCAGAAUUUUCUCAAUAUGAAAGUUCCAAUCCUGUAAGGUUUGAGCUUGAUAAAGUCAAGAAAGAAACAGAGGAACUAACAACCAGAAAACAACAACUAGAGGAGCAAAUAAAAAAGUGGGAUAGUGAAAUAAGCUACUCUAAUAAAUCAGAUGUUGAGAUAAGAUCAUCAAUAGAAGGUAUAGAGGCUUCAGUUGAAGAAAAGAAAAUAAUAAAUAAUAACAUUAUGCAGCAGUUCGAGACUCAUCAACAAGAAAGGCAAAGACUGGAAAUAGAUAACCACAUUUUGAAGAAAAAAAAUUCAGCUUUAUUGACUAGACUGAAACGUCAAGUGGAAGAGCAAAAAAUAAAAUACCACCAGAGCAUCGGAUAUAAUAAAAAUUUCACAAUGAGCAAGAAUAGCUCCACUAGAGAGUUGGAAACUGAAAAUCAAAAUUAGUUAAUUAUUUAUAAUAUAAUUAAAGUAAUGUAUUGAAUUCUCAGUGUUUGCUCAUACAUGUUUGUAUAUUAUUUAAUUAAACAAAAAAUAACAUACUCAGCAUUAAUUUCUCUUUAAAAAAUUAAUUUUCAGUGUUAAGAUCCUUUAUUAGUGAUUUCUAUUCUCAGUCUAUCAUCAUUCACUAAAUUACAUGAUUUUGACUUAGUCCUAAAAAGAUAUCUACUCUCUUAAUCAGUAAUAACUAGUGUAUGUAAUUUGUUGAAAGUUUAUGUUGUGUAAAGAAUGUGGAAUUAUUUACUAUUUGUUAAUUUUGGUAUACAGUAUAGUAGAUUACUGUUGUUGCACAGGUUUUGACUGUGACUUAAGGCAGGUUAUGUAUUGUGAAAUCAUAUGACAGUGGAAUAUGUGGUUUGUCCUGUUCUGACUGUUCAUAAGAAAGAAAUGUUUCCAUUCUAUUGUUGAAGUGUUGUUUGAAUGCAUUGUUUAUA